CAGCAGCAGCGCCUGUGCUACUGCCCGUGGCCCCAGACUCUGGCUCGGCCAGCCGUCUUCGCGUGCCUCUGUCGCUUGCGUGUGCGAGGCAGCAGAGGACAUGGCGGUGGAGCUUUAGAGAAGGAAGACGCUCACAAAGAGAAGGGGAGGACAGUGGGGUUGGUGGAGAGGUGUGCGACGAUACCCUGGGGAGCAACAACGAAUAUCGUCGUCGUUUCAAACAUCAUCAUUAUCGACACCGACGGAGCGAGCGUUGUGUGGAGGGGAGGGAGGAAGCCAUCGACAUCAUCGACGGUGGCGCUUGCGAGAUAAAGAAGCCGACGUCAAACACGAAAUCGUGGAGAUUUGGAGAGCGUUAAGAAGACGGGGAAGGAAGUUUUAGGUGGUUUAAAUCACUUUUUAGUUGUUGGUGGUGGGGGUGGAGGGAGGGGGUUGGUGGCCACUCGCAACCCGCAAAGAAGGAAUCCGAAAGUUUAUUUUUGUUUAAAUUUCGGGGUUUAAUUCGACGCUUUCAAGUCUCUCGUCGAUGUUAUUAAGUUCCUCUCGAUUCUGGGGACGUUUCGUUAUUUUUGGUUGUCCACGACGAGGAUUUCGCGGGAGUUGAAGGGCGAGGAGGGAUCGGUGAGUGGAGUGAGUGCCGCGUGUGUGGCUGGACGUUAGCUGCAGGAGACACUGGCUUGCGAGUACUAUGCGCGAGUGGGACGGGGCUCUGGCACGCCAGACAGCGGGGAGCGAGCAGCGGAGAUACCCCGUCCACCCAAGGGGACAGCACAGCGAGCCCAGCACCCUCACCCGCGCGCCGGCAACGCAGCCCGUGGCGCCACCCUGCAUGUGGCCACAAACGGCGCCCGUGUGUAGUUAACUUUGUAAUUUUUUUUUCUAUAUUUCUUUCCAUCCUCAUCCCCCUGCUCCUCUUCAUCGUCGUUUUUUAGUGUCUUCUCGUUAGCACGUUCUCCAAAUUUGCGUAAUUUCUUCCGUUGAAGGAGGAUCGACACCAUCCCAAGUGGGGGGGGAGCUGCUUUGAGCGGCCGUGCUUCUGGAAGACAAUCGUUUGUGGAGGAGAGGAAUCGCGCAAGUUUUGUCGGUUUAGGUUUCUUUUCUUUCGGUUUAUUUUUUGUUGCGCGAACCAACAACACUUGCAUUAUUCAAAGGCACUUGGACGCAGAUUGUAAAACAGACGGCACAAUGUCCAACGAAGGCUUCAAGUACAGGGCCCUGUAUGCCUACCGCCGGGAGCGCAACGAGGACAUCGACCUGCUGCCCGGGGACGUGCUCGUUGUCACCAAGGCCUCGCUGCUGGCCCUCAACUUCACCAAGGAAGGCGCCGAGCGCUUCCCGCAGAUGAUCGGCUGGAUUUCGGGCAUCAACGAGCGCACCAAAGAGCACGGAGAAUUCCCCGGCACCUACGUGGAGUACCUGGGCCCCGUGAAGAUGGCGCCGCCGACCCCCAAGCCUCGCCCGCCACGACCCCUGCCACAAGCACCACCGUCUGUCGCGUCCGGCGGUGUGGAGCAGGGGGCCGCUGCAGCAGAUCCCAACGCCUACGUGUGCCAAGACCUCAUGGAACAGUUUGGCCCUACGGAAAGGGCCCCUCCCAUAUUGGUCAAGCUGGUGGAGUCGAUCGAACGUGGAGGUCUGGACUGUGAGGGGGUCUACCGCCACCCGCUGGGCUCCCAGGGUGGCAUGGAGCUCUUGCAAUCCCUGCAAACCGACCUGAGUGCGGUGGACGUGGACCAGCUGGAUGUGAACGCCGUGGGCGACGCACUGAAGUGCUACCUGCAGGAGCUGCCCAACCCACUUGUGCCCACCUCCGUCAGCGACGUCAUCUUCAAUACGACAGAGGCGUUCAACGCGAGCGAUUGCGCGGAGAUGGUGCGGAGCCUGCUGGAGGGAGGCGGUGGCGGUGGCGGCGGCGUGGACGUUCCGAUCCAGCACGGCCUGGCCCUGCGCUACUUACUCCGCCACCUGGCGCGGGCUUGCCACGCGGCGCGCGGGCGCAUCACCCAACGGGCGCUCGCCCAGAGCCUCGGCCCGCUCGUCUUCCGCGCCAGCGACGAGUCCAAGGCCGACCAUCCGGCGCGCAUCCUGGAGGCCCUCAUCCGGUCAUGUGAACACGAGGAGACACCAGCUGCUCCAGCGCUCCCUCCGAAGCCGCCAAAGACUCCAGCACCGCUGCCAAACAGCAACGGCAUCAAGGAGACGAGCAGCACUUUGCUACAGGACGCCGAGUGGUACUGGGGCGACAUCUCCAGGGAGGAGGUGAACGAGAAACUGCGGAACACUCCCGAUGGCACUUACCUGGUGCGAGAUGCCUCCACCAAAAUGCAGGGCGACUACACGCUAACGCUCAGAAAGGGCGGCAACAAUAAGCUAAUCAAAAUAUUUCACCGCGACUCCAAGUACGGCUUCUCGGAGCCGCUCACGUUCAACUCCGUCGUGGAGCUCAUCACCCACUACAGGCACGAGUCGCUGGCGCAGUACAACCCUAAGCUCGACGUGAAGCUGCAAUACCCGGUCUCCAAGUCACAGCAGGACCAGGUGGUGAAGGAGGACAACAUAGAUGCGGUUGGCAAGAAGCUCCAGGAGCUGCACAAAGACUACCAGGACAAAAGCCACGAUUACGACAAGCUCUACGAGGAGUACACUCGCACGUCACAGGAGAUCCAGAUGAAGAGGACGGCAAUCGAGGCGUUCAACGAGACGAUCAAGAUAUUUGAGGAGCAGCGGCACACGCAGGAGCGCUACACCAAGGAGUACAUCGAGCGCUUCAAGAGGGAGGGUAACGAGAAGGAGAUCGAGAGGAUCAUGCUCAACUACGAGAAGCUGCAGUCUCGGCUGAGCGAGAUCCGGGACAGCAAACUCCGGCUCGAGCAGGACCUCAAGAAGCAAGCGACUGAGAACCGAGAGAUCGACAAGCUGAUGAACAGCAUCAAACCGGACCUAAUCCAGCUCAGAAAAAUCCGCGACCAGUACCUAAUGUGGCUCACACACAAAGGAGUGCGGCAGAAGAAAAUCAACGAGUGGCUCGGCAUCAAGAACGACAACACAGAAGACAGCCCAUACUCGAUCAUCGACGAGGAGGAGAACCUGCCCCACCAGGAUGAGAAGAGCUGGUACGUGCCCGACAUCAACCGCGAGAAGGCCGAGGACAUGCUCAGGGACCGAGCCAACGGCACCUUCCUGAUCCGCAAGAGCAGCAAGCACGGCUUCUAUGCCUGUUCCGUCGUCGUGGACAGCGAGGUGAAGCACUGCAUGAUCUUCAGCACGUCCACUGGCUACGGCUUCGCCGAGCCCUACAAUCUGUACGGCUCGCUGCGUGAACUCGUCCUGCACUACCAACAGACCUCGCUCGUGCAGCACAACGACUCGCUGAACGUGACGCUAGCGCACCCCGUGCACUCUCAACCCUCGCAGCAGCCUGCGGCGGUGCGCAGGUGAAAAGGUCGUGCGCUGGAUUUUUUGAGGAAAAAAAAAGAGGGUCGCGCUGACCACCGGAUGAUCUAUUUGCCCCACGCGACGGGAGGAGACCCCCCUUCCCCGAGUAAGCCAGCGAGUGUUCUUUCCGAAAUGACACGCCUGUACAUAGUUUCUUUUGCUUUGUUGAUAAUUAUUUUCAUUUUUUUAGUUGUUUUUUUUUAUAAUCGUACAAUUUUUUUUUUUGCACAAGCAAGCGAAACACAGAAGAGAAAGGCUUUGAAAGACAGGCGAGAAACAUUUAUUGGCGUUGGGAAUUUUGAUUCCCCUUUCGGAAGAUCGCGGCUGAGAGUUCGGUCGGGCUCGUUUUGUCGUGGGACCUAAAGCGACGUGUGUAAGACGCGCACCGUGAUGCGAGAAAGAGAGAAAAACCGUAACGGUAACGUUAAAGCAAAACCAACGUACGCAUUUCUCUCUGUCUGGAACCCGUCCCGUCGUGGUAAGCGUGCGACUUAAAACAAUUGGAUUGUUCCAGAUGCCUUGCCUAUGGUGCUACAAUCCUGUCUUACAACCUGUGUCUGGGCUUUGUGAACACUCUGCAGGGUGAUUAGGACUGGCACUAGCAAGUGGACAAGCAAAAGCAGGAUAAAAAAAAAAGGCAACGAUAUAAUAUCUCAUGUAGCUCUUUUUAUUACUAAAAGAAUAAAAAAUGAAACUUAAAAAACGGGCCACUUACAUUAUAUUUUUUUCUGCGUCUCAACAUCGAUUCAGAGAGCACUUGUGCAUCCAGUGGAGCCCAAACGGAGAAGUUUUGACUGAAACAGACGCAUUUAUUGUGAAAUGUUUGUCUGCGAUGGCGGAGAUGGAUGUGGGGUGUGGAGAGGGUCAGACAUUUUUUCUCGGUUAUAGUUUUUUGCGUCGUUAUUUUUGGUUUUCUUGUAAUGACAAACCCUGACGUACUGUAGCUAUGAGCAGUGUUUGAAUGCUCGGUAGAAUUAAACGAGAGACAAGCGCGUUUUAGACGGUACUCUGGCAGAGCUGGGUUGAUAAACUCAUUGUAAAUAUUUUUCAGAUGUUCCCGUUUUUUUGUUGUGCCGACAGCUUUCGGCAUACUUUUAAACCGCUUCCCCCCCCCCCCCACAGACAACCCUAAAACCCGCAUGUACGUGUAAGAAGCCUGCUGCGUUUGUCGUUAUGAGGACUUUUCUUUUGUCGUCGUCGUCGUUUUUUUAUUGGUAUAUUUUUUCAAAUUUUUUUUUUUAUAAACUGAUCAAGAGACGUUAGAGUAGAACUCGACAGUAUUUGUUUAAAAGUUUUGCGUGUGCCAGUGCUACGGGAAAAACCCCCGCGUACGCGACACGUAACUUGCUCUUCAGCUCUGAGCUCGGUGCUAGAUUCGCUAGCCUUAAAUACUCAUCUAGUGUGCAAUGACUGAGUGCGAUCGUUUUUUUUAGUCUUGGUUCGUGUUCACGUUUUGGAGGAGCUAGGGACGUUUAAAAGACCGAACUUUAACUCUUUGCGUUAGGGGGGGGGGGGAGGUUUGGCCAUUGUGUAUAUUUUUUUUUUUCCCUGCCAAACUCUAACUUCAAGCAAAACAUUUCAAGUUAUGAUUGAGUUCUUGUUGAAAUGUGACUUUUGCAGGAAGUUAAGUGGUGCUUACCUUGGCUCUUAGGUAUUUUCGUAUGUUGAUGUUUUUUUUUAUUUGUUGUCAUUGUUUAUUUUGUUCAAUUCCAAAACUCCUUCAAUGGCCAUUCUCAGCCUUAAAGAUAAGGAGUCUUGGAACAGUGAAGUUGAACCAUAUCACUUUAACCUUUAAUACGUUAACCUUUGCUUUAUUUUUUUUUGUUAUUAGUGCACUCUUCUCUGUUCUGGUGCGUCUGUUGAUUUUGAGAAAAAGAAAUAAUAAUAUAAGGUAAAAACAGAAAUCUAAAAAGAGAUGAACUUGUGGCAGCGAUGAUGACAACGGCGGAGGAGAUGAUAAGAACAACAAAAGCAAAAGUGUUAGCCGCGACUUUGCGACUUCCUGGAUGCCGUGCGUCACCCCAAAAAGAAAAACGGCACCCGCUUUAGCAAACGGGCCCCCCGUAGCCACUCGGCCACACAGAACCUGUUCCAAAGACAUGAAGGAUCUGCUUGCUAUAGCACCCAGCGCUUACAAAAAGGAUCACUGGUGCACAGCCAUUGGCAAGGUGAUUUAUGGCAAAGGAUAAAAGAAGACGGCGAUUUUAAUAUUGAUACUUGCACAGGUGACAUCGGCACAGAGAGAGAGAGGGUGCGAGGGAAAGAGAUUGG